AUGGCUUCAUCAUCAUCGUCUCCUGAGUUUUCCAAUGCACCUCCUGCUACAUCACAGUCGUCCGUACAGUACUCGGACCUCAGCAGGGAAGAGGUGCUAGAGGAUCUAUCAAGUCGCUUCAUAUUGAAUCUGCCUGAAGAGGAGCUUGCUUCACUUGAGCGAGUGUGUUUUCAAGUAGAACAAGCGCACUGGUACUAUGAAGACUUCAUUCGUGAACAGGACCCAUCGAGAUUCCCAUCCUACACCCUGAAGACCUUUUCAGAAGCACUGUUCCGUGCAUGUCCUCUGUUGCACCAUUGGGCGCACGAUCAUGAGAGAACAUUCCAGUCAUUCAUGCAGUACAAGACCAGAGUACCAGUUUGUGGCGCUAUUAUGUUGAACGCCACUUGGGACAAGUGCGUUCUAGUGAAGGGUUGGAAAUCCUCCGCAGGUUGGGGUUUUCCGAAGGGAAAAAUCAACGAGCAAGAACCCCGACCUCGGUGUGCCAUACGUGAGGUCUCGGAGGAGACUGGCUAUGAUUUAGAUGGUCAACUUGAUCCCGAAAACGUCAUCGAUCUUUCUAUCAAGGAGCAGUCGAUUUCUUUGUACAUUGUUCCCGGAGUUCCGGAAGAUUAUCCUUUCCAGACCAAGACCAGGAAGGAGAUUAGCAAAAUUGCUUGGUUCAAUUUGUCUGAUCUGCCAACAUGGAAACGUAGUAAGGCAGUUCCAGGGAAGUUCUACCUUAUCACCCCUUUCAUAGGACCGUUAAAGUCGUAUAUAAACAAGCGGAGACCUCGUAACGUGGCACGAAAGGCACGUCAGGUGCAGAACGUCCACGUUCACCGUAAUACACAUCCCUCCAGCGAAGAGGAGAACGGGCGUGAUGGACUAUACCCCACGGUUCAUCACGCACAUGAAUGUAGUUCUCAGUCGUCAUCUGCUGACAACGCUGAGCCUCAGACUCCCUCACCGCAGUACACUGCCCCAGAAGUCAGUCAUGCUCCGAGUGAAUCGAAAUUAUCUCCUGGCACGACAGACGUAUUGCCCGCAGCAGAUCUUGAUCUCAAUGGGGUUGAUCCACACUUUGCUCGCCUGUUGAACUCCCUCUCGUUGUCGGCAUCAGCCUCUGUCGCAGACGUGAGCGAUAGUUCUGCGAACACUUCUCUGUCUUCCCGAACACUGUCUCCCUCAGCUUCACAACCCAACAAGACUGCCAAAUCUACUUUGCAUCAUCGCUCGUCAGAGUCAAGCGACUGGUCUAUCCAUGUUCCCGGUCCAGCUCGUACUUCUUCUCCCGUAAUGGACUCUGUGCAAGCUGGUCAAUUUACAACACCAUCGGAUCGCUCUUCAGCGACAGUUUCUACUACCUCUCACCCAACUACUCCUUCAACGACUUCUGUCAUCAACGUUGAUCGUGUAUCUUCCAACUCGACAUCUACCCCUUCCAUGAUUAUAUCUACGACUUCUCCGCGAUCUGCCGCUGCUGUACCUUCGUCCAUGACGCAUUCCCCGAUUGGCUCUCAUGCUCGACGAGGCUCGGUGGCUACAGCAGAUAUCUCACCCUACCUAUCGCGACCUCGUGAUAUACCGAAGGAGAUGAGGUACAUCUCAAUGCUGGAGAGCGUGGCACGGGAGUCCGACCGAAUGUCGUCGAGAAUGGGGCACCACGCUGCGUUUUCGCAGUCGGUGCAGAUGCAGUCAAUGGACAGGUCAUCCUUCGCGCCAGCGCCGCCCGCUUCUGUCCCUCCCUCUAUGCACGAGGGUCGCAUGGAAUCUCCAGUCAUAUACUCCUCCAGGCCUGCAGCCUCUACUAUGUUCACCCCUGGAGUUGGUCAGAUAACCCCAGUCUAUCCACCAUCCUUUCGUGACCCUUUCACAGUGCGCCCGCGGACUAGCAAUGCGUUCCAUCCCUCUCCUUAUCCUCCGGCCCCUCUUCCGGCCCCUGGUGUCAAUAGUCGCUAUCAGAUGCAGAGUAAUGAUCCUCGUGGUUACCCCCCACCUCCCCCUCAGCCUAUGGCGGCGUAUCAGCGACCAUUCCACCAGCCCCCUCUCACUGGAAGUCUUCAAUCCGUUCCUCAGCCUUACCCUCCGGUAGCCCAGCCGAGUUUGAGGGUAGUUCCACCCCACCAACUUCCGGCAUCUCGAUACGGCGAGCCGCCUCCCCUUUCAGCUCCUGCCGUGUCCCCGUCGUUUAGCUUUGCCAACCGUGCCAAUACUUCACGCCCUGCGAAUAACGCUCAUUUAUUGUCUAUUCUUAACUCCCCCAGCGCACCCCUCCGAGUUGCACCGAAUGUGGUGCACCCGGGGGUCCUUCACGGCACGGGUACUAGAUGA